AUGUCAGAAACAAGAACAAGUAUAGCACGAUAUGUCCAGGCGUUUUUCAUCACAGAUAAGAAGCUUGUAUCGCGUCAGAAAUGGAUUCUUGGGCUCAUCAACCUCUCGGCAGUAGUGGUAUUCUGGGUGCUAUCGAGUUUUUUGGUCAACUCAUUGGUCGAGGACGACAGCUAUAGAAAGCCUUUCUUCAUCACCUACAUCAAUACCGGAUGCUUUUGUUUCUAUAUUAUUCCGUAUUUGAAGCUUGAGAACUUGACAAUCAAGCAGUUCAUUGAAAAUCUCAAGAGCGAUUACCAACAAUCGUACACCAGAUUGAGAGGAUCAGACGAAGAAUCUUCUGUCAGUGGCUAUGGUUCAAAUGAUGAUCUUCAAGCAAUUGCCAGCGAAAGGUUGCAUGUUCUGGAAUCUGGAUCGGACAAGUCAGACGAUGAAACCAUCAAUACAUACGAAACAGUUAAGCUUUCGCUCCAGUUCAUCAUCCUUUGGUUUUCAGCCAACUUGGUAACCAACAGCUCUCUCUCAUACACAUCCGUAGCGUCUCAGACGAUUUUGUCGUCGACAUCAUCGUUUUUCACGUUGCUCAUUGGCUACUUGCAAUCGAUAGAAAGAAUUAACCAGAACAAAAUUGUGGGCAUCUUGCUUAGUUUCACCGGAGUGAUAAUAGUAACCAAAAUAGACUCAUCGGCAGAUAAUCCUAACAGCAAUGAUAAAUCGACGCUUAUGAUCUUCUACGGCAAUGCUUUGGCGUUAUCAGGCGCAUUGAUCUACGGAAUCUACACCAUUCUCUUGAAACAGAGAAUUACUAUUAAAAACUCACGUAGGGAAAGAGAGCUUAACACCCAUCUUUUCUUUGGGUUCGUCGGUAUCUUUUGUCUUGUCUUCUUGUGGCCGGUACUUAUCAUUCUUCAUUAUACUGGCUACGAGACGUUUGAGUUGCCUCCCACGAGGACCAUUGCAUGGAUCUUGUUCAUCAAUGCCCUUGUUACAUUCAUCAGUGAUUUCUGCUGGUGUAAAGCCGUACUUUUGACAAGUCCAUUGACAGUUACUGUAGGUUUAUCUAUGACCAUUCCACUUGCCAUGGUGGGUGACUGGCUAUUGAAAGGUUUCACGGUUAAUAUCUGGUACAUUUUUGGUGCCGCAAUAGUGACAAUUGGGUUCUGGAUAAUUAACAAAGAUGAAGAAGAAGAUUUCGUUCGGGAUGAGAAUAGUUUAUAG